CCCAGAUUCAGCGCUGCCGCUGCUGUCACAACAGAGAAAGAGGAUAAUAAGUUAUUAGUCCGCUGACAGAAGAAUAAUCCUAUUCAUACCGACCCCAAGCCGCAAACAUUUUGUUUCAAAAUGUCUGACAAAAGUGAGCUGAAAGCAGAGUUGGAGAGAAAGAAACAACGCCUGGCCCAGAUCAGAGAGGAGAAGAAGAGGAAAGAGGAAGAACGCAAGAAGAAAGAGCUGGAUGGCCGGAAGGAGGGAGCGUCUCCCCCGCAGGAUGACUCUGAUCUGGAGAGGAAGAGGAGGGAGGCAGAGGCUCUGCUGCAGAGCAUGGGGAUAGUGGAUGCCUCCAUGGUGCAACCUCUGCGUGUGGUAACGGAGGAUACGUGUCUGUUUCACUAUUUAGUCCCCCCUCCCAUGUCCCCCUCUGCCAAAUCAGUGGACACACCCAGCGAAACGGGCAGCCAGGACUCGGGAGACGGUGGCACGGGGCCGAGGACUCUUCAUUGGGACUCUGACCCCUCUACUCUUCUGCUCCAUUCAGACUCUCAGCUCGGGCGCGGCCCGCUGAAAUUGGGCAUGUCAAAGGUCACGCAGGUGGACUUCCCGCCCAAAGAGAUGGUGUCAUACUCAAAAGAGACCCAGACGCCCUCACAAACUCAUCACAAGAAUGAUGAGGAAGAGGAGGAAGAUUCGGCUGUGACGCAGCCCGUCCUGGAGCCUCAAGAGGAGAAAGACCCUCAGAAAGAGGAAGAAGAAGCGCUGCCUCAUGAGCUGACGGAGGAAGAGAAACAGCAGAUUCUUCACUCGUCGGAGUUCGUGACUUUCUUCGACCACAGCUCUCGUAUCAUGGAGCGCGCUCUCUCUGAGCAGGUGGAUGUGUUCUUCGACUACAGCGGGCGAGACCUUCAGGAUAAAGAGGGGGAGUCGCAGGCCGGGGCCAAACUCUACCUGAACAGACAGUUUGCGGACGAACGCUGGUCUAAACACAGAGUCGUCACGUGUCUCGACUGGUCCCCACAGUACCCUGAGCUGCUGUUGGCAUCAUAUUGUAGCAAUGAGGAUGCGCCACAUGAGCCGGACGGCGUGGCUCUCGUCUGGAACAUGAAAUAUAAGAAAACCACACCGGAAUAUGUCUUCCACUGUCAGUCUGCAGUGAUGUCAGCAGCGUUUGCACAGUUUCAUCCUAAUCUGGUGGUUGGAGGCACGUACUCGGGUCAGAUCGUCCUGUGGGACAACCGGAGCAACAAACGCACCCCUGUGCAGAGGACGCCGCUCUCAGCCUCCGCUCACACGCACCCGGUGUACUGUGUGAAUGUGGUGGGGACUCAGAACGCUCACAAUCUCAUCAGCAUCUCCACGGAUGGGAAGAUGUGCUCCUGGAGUCUGGACAUGCUGUCUACGCCACAGGACAGUCUGGAGCUCGUGUUUAAACAGUCCAAAGCAGUUGCCGUGACCUCCAUGUCAUUUCCUCUGGGUGAUGUCAAUAACUUUGUUGUGGGCAGUGAGGACGGGUCCAUCUACACCGCCUGUAGACACGGCAGUAAAGCGGGCAUCAGCGAGAUGUUCGAGGGUCAUCAUGGACCAAUCACAGGGCUCGACUGCCACACGGCGGCAGGACCGGUCGACUUCUCUCACCUGUUCGUCACUUCCUCUUUUGACUGGACCGUCAAACUCUGGAGCACCAAGAACAAUAAGCCUCUGUACUCUUUCGAGGACAACUCCGACUACGUGUAUGAUGUCAUGUGGUCACCCACACACCCGGCCCUGUUCGCUUGUGUGGACGGGGUCGGACGUUUGGACCUGUGGAACCUUAACAAUGAAACUGAGGUCCCCACGGCAAGCGUAGCGGUGGAAGGAAACCCUGCGCUGAACCGCGUGCGCUGGGCUCACUCGGGGCGAGAGGUGGCCGUCGGCGACUCCGAGGGACAGGUGCACAUUUACGAUGUUGGAGAGCAAAUUGCAGUGCCCCGGCAGGACGAGUGGACUCGGUUUGUGCGCACGCUCGCAGAGAUCAACGAGAACCGGGAGGAUGUGGAGGAACUGGCUGCUCAACGAUUGGCUGCAUGAUCACCACGGCAACCCCAGCUGACCAAUCACGGUUCCCCUGCAUUUGCAUAUCUCCACCCUCUCUGAAGUUACUUUAGCGUUACUGGACGACAAUCUAGGGCUUUUUAAUUAGAAAUGGAUUAUUUCAGAAAGCAAGACUUUGCUUUUAACACAUUAAGCACUUUUAGUGUUGCUAAAAUAUUCGUAGUGGGAUGGGAUGGUCAACGUAGAUCUUAUCAGGUGUGAAUUAUAAUGUUUUUAUAUAUUUAUUAUCAGAUUAGAGGCUGAUUUGGAGGAAAGGGAUGAUUCAUUGCAUUAGCACUACGAAUAUGCAAACUAUUGUACAGCAUCUUUAUAACCAUUUAAGACACUGACGUAACCUAGUCCUAGAGGAACUGCAGAUAUGGGUUUUUAAGAGGUGGAAUAUUUUUAACAUUCCCUUCUGGACAAACUUUCACAUUAUUGGAAUAUUUAUAGCUUUUUAACAAAUGUUUUUUUUUGUUUUUAGCUCAUAUAGAGUGCACAUGUACGUUUGUAAUAACUCAAAUCGCACACACUUUCCAACAUGUAUCUCAGUUCUUACUUCUGAAUGCCUUAAAGCGAACCUUAGGACACAAACCUAUCCACAAUCUUCCAUCACGCAGCAUUAUAUCCUUCUGGUGCUCGUUCAUCCUGGCACUUACGACUGAAAAACUUUGCAAAGAGUGUAAAAAAUGCAUUUUUAAAGGGGCUGUUCCUUGAUUAGCAUUUCAAAACCUGUUGGUCUAAACUUAAAACUUCCUCUGGGCAAAUAUUUAGACUAAUAUACAGUGUUAUUAUUUUUCCAUUUAUUAUACUAAUAUAUUUUAAGCCAAAUUAUUAAUAACCGGCUUGUCCACAUCUGGAUCCUGUUACAUUUAGUGUGUUUCGUACCAUUUUUAAUCUGCGAUUUAACGUUUUAUUUGUAGUUUCAAAUUCACGAUAAAUAUAUGGAUUUUUUUGUAGUAUUUAUCUAGUUUAUGUAUUGUUCUUGACAUUGUAUAGGCAACAUUAAUUAGUGUAACUGACAAGACCUGAAAAGAGCUCCCCUUUUACCUUCACAUAAAUGUUUGCUUAAAAUCUUGCUGUUUAUUGGCAAUUUAUAAUGUUCUUAAAGGACAUGAAUUGCAUCUUCUAGACUUUAUAUUAGGCCAAUUAAAGAGUUCAGAGCAUCUAAAAUGAAACCGUAUUAAAGGAAAAAAAACCCCGAACCAGCCCAGAAAAUCAAACCUGCCUUAAUCUAGACACAUUCUCAUUCUGUUUAUGUCUGUAUCCUUUCCGUUUUAUGACAAUAUUUAUCUCUGUAUCCGACGUCUAAUUACAUUCAUCAGGAUUCCCACAGUCAACAGACAAAUCAGAGAAUUUUAAAAUUGAUCUUGGUCCGGGAGAUUUGUGUAAAUAAAAGUUUCUAUAGCUUUGAGCUUUUGGCUGGCGAUUAACUCUUUCCCUGCCAUUGUCUAGUUUUUCCGGCUCUGGCAACCCAUGUUUUGACUGUUUAACGGCAUGGGGCGCUAUCAUGCAUCUUGUGGAAUAGCACAGAAUCGAAACAAGCGAUAACGCACAUGUAAGCUAACGCAAUCAUAAAACAACAAACACAUUUAAAACGGCAUAAUGUUACUGAAUAACAUGUCGAACCCACAGAGGUACAUGACUGUACAAGCUUUGUGGGUGUGGAUGGACUCGAUGUUUUAAUCAUCGUUCUGAAUCCGAUCCAGGCGUAGUCUCAGACACUUGAUUUUCUCAGCUUUUUGUUCAAAAUGUUGCUUUAAUGAAACUUACCCAUAUUCAAAUGUUAAUAAAAAAAGAUUGCAUGAAGCUGGAAUAAAAUGGAUUUUGUUUGUUUGUU